GAUUCUUCUUCAUUUGCUUCUUGCUCUCACCGCAGAGAAUCCCCUCACACGUUAAAGGAGGUGGUUGUGCUAUAUGUAGGAGCGUGCAAGACAAAAGCUUGUACUAUUUAUGAACAAGUUCUCAACUUUGUUUGAGAAAAAAUUUCUUGAAUAUGGCUGCCACAUUCUUCUCUCAAUCGCUUCUUCAAUCCAACAAUCUUUCUCCUUCUUGUCUCUCUCCUCGCAUCCCUCAUUCUCUGGCUAGCCGUGUCAAACCCUCCUGCCUCGGGGUGGUUUCUGUGAGCAAAAGGAUAAGUGGGGUGGUGCCCAAUGCUGCUCUGAAAGCCUUGGAAACUAAUUCGGAUUUCCCCAUUUCGGCUAAGAAGUCCAUCGACAACCCCAUUGUUGUUAUUGAUAACUAUGACAGCUUUACCUAUAAUCUUUGCCAGUAUAUGGGAGAGUUAGGAUUUCACUUUGAGGUCUACCGCAAUGAUGAGUUGACAGUGGAGGAGUUGAAAAGGAAAAAUCCUAGAGGAGUGCUAAUAUCACCUGGGCCAGGGGAACCUCAAGAUUCUGGCAUAUCUUUGCAAACAGUUUUGGAACUUGGACCAACUGUACCAUUGUUUGGUGUGUGCAUGGGUUUGCAGUGCAUUGGUGAGGCUUAUGGAGGUGAAAAGAUAGUUCGUUCUCCUUAAGGUGUCAUGCAUGGAAAAAGUACCUUGGUUUAUUAUGAUGAGCAAGGAGAAGAUGGAGUACUUGCUGGACUGUCAAAUCCUUUCUUGGCUGGUAGAUAUCACAGCCUUGUGAUUGAGAAAGAGAGUUUUCCUGAUGAACUUGAGGCAACUGCCUGGACAGAAGAUGGUCUUAUAAUGGCUGCUCGCCAUAAGAAAUAUAAGCAUUUGCAGGGAGUUCAGUUUCAUCCGGAGAGCAUCAUAACUCCAGAAGGGAAGAAAAUUGUCCAAAAUUUUGUGAAGCUUAUUGAGAGAAUGGAGGGUGGUGGUUCUUAAAACAAUAUUUGAUGUGUGGAUAGUAGUUAAAAUGUGCAUUUUAAGUUCUGCAGAAAAUAAAUAAAGAUAAAGAUUAUUAGUUAAAAUCUUUAUCAGUCACAGUUUAGAAUGUGAUAGUAAAUCUUGUUAAGUUAAAAACCUCGACCUCAUUAAUUUAUAUAAAAGUUUGAUUUUACUU